AUGACGCGACUUGUUCUGGAACAGGUUACGGAUUUUGGUGAUUUUACGAAAGGUAAAGAUUUAAACGAUUUUCUGAAACAGUCUUAUUCUAACAAUUCCUUUAAAAACUGUUUAUCUGACGUUCGCGUCAGCCCAGAUGGACGUCACAUACAUGUCAUCCUUCGCAGACCCAAGAGCGGUCUCAUGACAUUUGACAAAUAUCAAAGACCGCAUUUAAUGCAAUGUCAGAAGCAUUUAGAUUUAGCAUUCACGAAGAAUGCGCCAAUCGUGGAUCUUAUAUAUCUCGAGCACAGUAAAGGAGACGACGGUGUUGCUCUGCUCGCUUUAAUAUUUGAGAAUGGCAAAGUGGAGUUCUGGAGAUUCUGGGAACGCAAAUCCGGAUGGCAUUUACAACAGACUGUGGACUUGUGCAACAGUCCCCGAGCCAAAGUGGUGUCGGUAUGCGUCAGUCAAAAUUUUAUUAUCUGGUGUGAGGAGAGACCCCCGUCAGAAGGUUCCUCAGCUCUUAACGUCACCUGCAACAGCUUUAGGUACUGCGUAUGCAAAAGAGGUUUCAGCGUGGACGAAGGAGCCGUUAGUUUCGGGAGUGUCAAAAUUGCACUACACAACAAUCCUUGUUGCACGGUUAUCAGUUCUGGAGACAGUGUUUACCUGCUGCCAGACAAGAAGGAAAAAACAUCCACGUGCAUCUCUAAAUGCUUUUUAAAGUGGUCCCCACAGCAUGACUCAUUUGAAGUGAGCAGUGCGUGCGGUGGAACUCUCCUUCGGAAAAACUCGACAAAUAAAGAAACUGAUUUCAAGAGACUGGUCACUGAUUGCAUUGGAAUUCUGUCAAUCAUCAACCCUCCAGACAUCUGUGGUGUUUCUCCCACCGGAUGUGGGGGUCUCUUGCUUCUGCUCAGCACCGGCUGGGUUUGCAUGAUGCAGAGAGACGGUGUUCUCAGGCAGAUAUACAAACUGCCCGAUAAUUGUGUUCUUGGCUGCGGAACUCAGAACAGUUUGAACCUUUACAGCGACAUCCUGGCCCUUGCAGUUGGGCGGACCCUUUACUUGAUUGACACUAAAUGUGGCAGAGAGUUGGAGAAAAUCACACUGAGGAAAGAGGGCCUCCUCUUUGUAAACAGUAUAGAACAUCACUCCCCUCAAAUGCUGUCGGAAGCAGGACUGUUUGUUGUCAUGCAUAGGGAGUCUGAUCUUAAACUCAAGCCAUCAUCAUCGUCAUCAUCAUCAUCAUCAUCUUCAUCAAUUCAUUCAGAGACCAUAAUAAAUUCAGGUACAGUCCUGGUAGAGGCCGUCUUUGAGGAGGCUUGCAAGUACUACCAGCAGAGGAGUCUUAGCUCCACACAGCUCACUGUUGAGAAACUUAAGAAGGGGGGUAUGUUUCAGGCCCCCAUCUCUCUGGCUGCUAUCCUCAGGGACUACCUCAGCAGCCAGAAGCCCGGUGACGCAGGAAAGGGGUUGACGGGUCAUGAGAAGUUACUGAACUCUCUUGACACCGAGCUCAAAAGUCUCGUCGCGCUGGAGAACUUCAAAACGUCCAUCGUGAAAGCCUCCGAGAAGGAACUGGACGGCCACUGUGAAAACCUAGUGCAGCAGGAGAUCAGCAGGCUGCUAAGCUCAGAGAUAGACCGGGACAGCCUUCUGUACCUCAACAGCAUCUUCCAGACGUUCCCAUCCGAGUCGUGGCGUGCCCUGCAGGCGGUCCUUCAGCUCCGCUGUAACGGGGAGGGCUCGCUGUCCGCCAAGGCCCCCGCGGAGUUGUGGAAGACCAUCCUCAGCCCGGUCCAAACUCCCGGAAACUUCACCCACUACAACGGGCAGCAGAGUCACCCGCCCGCCAACGUGAUCAUGCCAGCCUUCGAACUCCUCUGCCACUCCGUCUUCAAGUUCCAGCCCGGCUGGUUGCCUCGGUUUCUGGAGCUGGCUCAGGAGCAGGCCGGCUCAUCUUCCUCGGCCUCCUGGAGCUACGGGGUGAAGGAGAGCCCGGAGACUCCGCCCCUGUACAAACGGGCGCUCACGGUGCUUCCUACCAAGGGGGCCUGCCAGGACCUGGAGGUGGAGCUGCUUCUCUGCAGCCGUCGGCCGAACGCGGUGAUGCAGGCCCUGCGCAUCCUCAUAGGAAAGGGGCAGUGGGAACGGGUCACCCAGGUGGCAGAGCGGUUCUCCCGCCAGAGCCCCCUCCUGAAUAAGGAGAUCUUCACCACCCUGCUGUCCGAGGUGUGCCAGCACCGGGACCUGGAUCCUUAUCUGGACCUUCUGUGGGCCCUUUGUCCCGAAGACCUGACCGUCACCAGCAUACUGAACAUCAUGUUGAAGAACCUGCAGGAUUGCGGUUCCACUCAGACCUCUAGGCCGUUUCAGGACCAGGGGGGCCAGGUCACGAUUGGGCUUUUAAAGCCACUCCUGAAUAAAGUUCUCCAGAGGGAGACCAAGUCCAGCCACAGGUAUGCAGACAUCCUCCAGUCGCCCACCUUCCCUCCACCCACCCCGCCACGCCAGACCAGAGGACUGGUCAGGGCCUCCACCGAGCCCGCCAUCAACCAGCAUGUCUCCAGACAGAGAACUCCCUCUGGAGCCCAGGUGGCGUCACAGUCAAACGCUGUCUGAACCCCCCCCCCCCCAACUCACAAAUCAUCUCUCUACUCUUGCUAACUGGGUCGCAGAGAGACAACCUGCUGCCUUAGACCUCUGCACUGUGCAUUUUCCCAGUGCU